UUGAUUCUCAAAGAGAUUUAUCGCGUUCUGAAGCCGGGUGGUACUUUUUCGAUGAUUGAAGUUGACGGAACCGGUAAUAUACGUACGGAUAAAGCCAAGGGUAUUGCGGCAUUCAUUUAUGGAAUAUCGUUAUUCCACUGUUUGCCAGUUGGAAGUGAUUCUGAAGAUGCACUUGGACUUGGUGCUGCGUGGGGACGUGAUAAAGCCAAGAAAUUGCUUUCUGAAGCAGGAUUCUCCAAUAUAGACAUCGUUGAUACACCAUUCUUCGAAUCCAAUAUUUUGUACAAUUGUCAUAAAGCACCAACUUCGUCGUCGAAUGACAAUCAGACGCACUCAUCUCAAACAUAA